AAUUGUGCAAAAUAGAAAAUUCAAACUGCAAAAGAUGUUUAUGCAAUUUAUCAAUUCUGCUGUAUAUGGAACUACGCAUUUUCAACUACAAAAAAGAGAGUGAAAACUGACCUCUAAAGUUUGGAAAUUUCACAAAGUUUGUAUUGCUCAUUACCUUGACACUUCGGGUUUGAAUUUUGAUGGGCUUUUUCAUUUUCUUCAGAAAAUAGUCCUAGCGAAGGUAGUUGAAUAUUCCUUCGGUUUUGGAUCUCUCUAGUUUCUAUCCCCAGAGUUAAAGUCGCUCUAGCAUGGUCUCGUGCCAAAAUUAUCCGCAACAUAUAUAGGACCAUGACAUAUAUAUAUAUAAAGUCGCUCUGGCAUGGUCUCGUGCCAAAAUUAUCCGCAACACAUAUAGGACCAUGACAUAUAUAUAUAUAUAUAUAUACACACACACACACACACCGUACUUGGAAACUUGGCUUUGACCCAACAGAAGUUGUAUGUACUUUUCUACCUAACUCUUAAGAUAAUACACAUUGUUAAUAAAAAAAAUCUCAGAUACACGUGGAUUUUGACUUCCGCCAGCCAUUGUUGAUGGCUCUAGCAGCUCUUGCUUCUCUAUAUACGACUUCAACAUGUUCCAACCAUUUUGCUUUUGACACCAUGAGGAUGUUCCUCUCCUUAUCUUUCUCUCUCUUCUUGAUCAUCCUAGUUUUCUCCAUUGAUUCAGCUUCUUCUUCCUCAUGUCCCUUCGACCUUGGCUACGUCCAGACCUUCCCAUGGGACACUUCCCUAUGCCGGCAUCCCGUUCACAAAGAUUGCUGCCAGACACUUCUCAGCCUCUUUGGCAUAGGAAUGGCUCAGCACCUCAAAGAAACCUCCAUGUUCCAACUUCCUGAUGCAGACACUUCCUCUUCUUGCCUAUCAGAUUUUCAGACCAGAGUUGCUGACCUGUCGGUUCAGCCAUCGUUGGUAACUCAGUGCUUUCAAAACUCGACCCAGUUCGUCGUCAAUCCUUCGAGCUGUGCUGGGAUUACCACAAUCGAAGAUUGGAAACAGAAGGUCGGAUUGACAUCCCCGUUAGACACAUCUUGUAAGGGGGACUUAAUGGGGAUAACCAGGUGCAGCUCCUGUGUUGAUGCAGGGAUGAAGGUGAAUUCCAAGUUGAUUGGUUUGGACCCAAAUGGAACAAAGUGCUUUUACUUCACUGUUCUUUAUGCUGCAGGAAUUGUUAAUGAUUUGGGUCCAGAGGACCCCAGAGCAGCUGCUUGUAUACUGGGUUUGCCAUUGUCUAGAUCAUCAAAAGACAAGCCAUCAAAUAAAACAUUGAAAUUGGUUUUUGGGUUGUUGGGGUCUCUGAUCGGUGUCUUGCUUUUUCUUGGACUAUUCAUUCUCUACAGAAGAUGGGACAAGAAGAGGAGGCAAAAGGCUUUUCAUGAAGAAUAUGUUAGCAAUUUCAGGGCAAGUGUGUUGCCUAAUUCAGGAUCAAAAUGGUUUAGUUUAUCAGAGCUUGAACGAGCCACAAAUGGGUUCUCUCAGCGCAAUCUGAUUGGCCAAGGAGCAUAUGGGGUUGUCUAUAAAGGAACACUCUCUGAUGGAACUUUGGUCGCUGUUAAACAAAUUCUUGAUUUGGAUUCCAAAGGCGAUGAAGAAUUUUCCAACGAGGUUGAGAUCAUAAGCAAAAUAAGGCACAGGAAUCUUCUUUCCCUUCGAGGUUGCUGCGUAACAAGCAACGAUUUCACAGGUAAAAGGAGGUACCUCGUCUACGACUUCAUGUCGAACGGUAGUCUCAGCGACCAUUUACCAAACACAUCAGGCUCAACCAAACAAGGAAGCAAAAAGCCAUUAACUUGGCCACAAAGGAAAAACAUAAUCCUCGACGUGGCCAAAGGGCUCGCCUACUUACACUACGGAAUCAAACCCGCCAUUUAUCACCGAGAUAUCAAAGCCACGAACAUACUUCUAGACUCGGAAAUGAAAGCGAAAGUGGCGGAUUUCGGGCUAGCGAAACAGAGCACGGAAGGGCAAUCCCAUCUCACCACGAGGGUCGCCGGAACACAUGGCUAUUUGGCACCGGAAUACGCUCUGUACGGUCAGCUAACGGAGAAGAGCGAUGUGUACAGUUUUGGGAUUCUGAUUCUGGAAAUCAUGAGCGGAAGGAAAGUGCUGGACACGUCGUCAAACCAAUCGGUGGUUCUGAUCACGGACUGGGCUUGGAUGCUGAUGAAAUCUGGGAAAGUGGGAGAGAUAGUGGAGGAGUGGUUGAGGGAAAGUGGGGGGCCAAAAGGGGUUAUGGAGAGGUUCGUGUUUGUGGGUAUUCUAUGUGCACAUGUAAUGGUGGCUUUGAGACCCACCAUGGAUGAAGUGUUGAAGAUGUUGGAAGGGGAUAUUGAUAUUCCGAGAAUUGCAGAUCGGCCAUUGCCGCUUGGUCACGAAUCGUUCAGAUCUUCGUUCGGGUUUGGUGGUGCUAGUAUAUCGUCGACCGGUGAAGGAUUAAGAUCGUUGUUGAAUUCAAGCGUGAGAUAUGUUUAGGGAACAUUUUAAUUAUGAUAGUUCCACAAAUACUGUAUAGAUUCUCUAAUGCUAUCUCCUGUCGGAGUCAAAGUUUCUAAUA